AUGUCACGGCACCACAGCCGGUUUGAAAGAGAUUAUCGGGCCGGGUGGGAUCGCCGGGACUGGAGCUCCAAUGGCAAUCAUGUCAGCAGCACCAACUGCAGCAGCGCCGUGAGCACCAACAGCAACAACCGCCCCGGGCUGCUGCCCCUGCCCAUCGUCCCUUCCCGGCUCCCCACCCCAGCCACUGCUGCUUGCACUACUGUCAACAGCGAUGUGAUCACAAGCCUGGUGGCCAACUCGUCUCCAGCUUCCACUACCAAAACACCUUGCAUUUCCAAGACUGAAAAUCAGCCUCAAGGACUUGCAACGAGCGUCAGGUGGGGACAGACACCCAUCAAUCAGUCCACGCCCUGGGACACUGAUGAGCCUCCAUCUAAGCAGAUGAGGGAGAAUGAAAACCCAGGUGCAGCGCCUUGGGUCACCACAGUGGCGGCAGGCAGCCAGCCCGCCCUGAUCACGCACUCCUAUGGGAUGACACAGCCGCCCACCUUCAGCCCAGCCGCAAACGUCCAGGCGCCCGUCAUCGGCGUCACACCCUCCCUCCCUCCGCACGUCACCCCCCAGCUCCCACUGAUGCCGACCCACUACCAGCUCCAGCCGCAGCCCUCCCAGCCCCUCAGCAACAUGGUGGUCAACCUCCAGAACCAGCCCUUGUACACCAACAGCCAGCCCCUCAGCAUGUCCUCCAUGAGCAGCGUGGGCCCUGUGGCCCACCCAGGCCCUGGAGCAGUGGGCAAUGGUCACCUGGCCUGCCCCAUGCUGCCGCCACCGCCGCCAACCCUGCCCUCAGCUGCCCUGCCCAGUAGCGCGCCAACUACCAAUGGGCAGACAGCCAACUCGCUGCCCCCCAGCACGGGAGGUGCCCCGGAUAACACCAACGGGGUGCAGAUGCUGCGGACGAUUGGCGUGGGGAAGUACGAGUUCACGGAUCCCUGGCACCCCAAAGAAAUGUUGAAGGAGUUGAACCAGCAACGCAGAGCGAAAGAGUUUACAGACCUGAAAAUUAUUGUUGAAGGCAAAGAGUUUGAAGUCCACCAAAAUGUUCUAGCUUCCUGCAGCUUGUAUUUCAAGGACCUGAUUAAAAGGUCACCACGAGACAGUAGCAGAAGUGGGGAGAAGCUGGAACUGGCCAUGUCCAACCUCACUGCGGAUGUCCUGGAAUUACUCCUGGAGUUUGUUUAUACAGGUUCUUUGAUCAUAGAUUCAGCAAAUGCAAAGACCCUACUGGAAGCUGCCAGCAAGUUCCAGUUUCAUACUUUCUGUAAAGUCUGCGUUUCAUUUCUAGAAAAACAGCUGACUGCUAGCAACUGCUUAGGAAUAUUAGCCAUGGCUGAAGCCAUGCAGUGCACUGAACUAUACAACAUGGCCAAAGCAUACGCCCUGCAAAUUUUCCCAGAGGUGGCAAACCAAGAAGAAAUCCUUAAUAUAUCAAAAGACGACUUCAUUUCCUACAUGUCCAAUGACAGCCUGAACACCAAAGCAGAGGAGCUGGUGUAUGAAACAGUGAUAAAGUGGAUUAAAAAGGACGCUGCAAUCAGAGCUCAGUAUGCUGCAGAGUUGCUGGCAGUGGUGCGUCUCCCCUUCAUCCAUCCCAGCUAUCUGCUAAACGUUGUUGACAACGAGGAGUUGAUAAAGUCUUCGGAGGCUUGCCGAGAUCUAGUGAACGAAGCCAAACGUUACCACAUGUUGCCACAUGCCCGACAAGAGAUGCAGACACCAAGGACCCGGCCCAGGCUCUCCGCAGGUGUAGCAGAGGUAAUAGUCUUAGUUGGGGGUCGUCAAAUGAUUGGCAUGAAUCAACGUGCUUUAACAGCAGUCACCUGCUUAAAUCCUCAAAACAACAAGUGGUACCCACUGGCUAGCUUGCCCUUCUAUGAUCGUGAGUUUUUCAGUGUGGUCAGCGCUGGGGACAACAUCUAUCUCUCAGGUGGCAUGGAGUCGGGUGUCACACUCGCUGAUGUCUGGUGUUACAUGUCCUUGCUCGAUAACUGGAACCUGGUGUCCCGCAUGACAGUCCCACGGUGUCGACAUAACAGUCUGGUGUACGAUGGGAAAAUUUAUACCAUUGGAGGGGUCGGUGUGGCAGGCAACGUUGACCAUGUGGAAAGGUACGACACAAUAACCAACCAAUGGGAGACCAUCGCUCCUCUGCCCAAGGCUGUCCAUUCAGCUGCUGCAACCGUUUGUGGUGGGAAGAUCUACGUCUUCGGUGGGGUGAAUGAAGCCGGCCGAGCUGCAGGGGUCUUGCAGUCCUACAUCCCUCAGACUAAUUCAUGGAGCUUCAUAGAGUCUCCAAUGAUCGAUAACAAAUAUGCUCCUGCAGUCACUCUCAAUGGGUUCAUCUUUAUUCUUGGAGGAGCUUAUGCACGAGCAACCACCAUCUAUGACCCAGAGAAAGGCAAUAUUAAAGCAGGUCCCAACAUGAACCACUCCAGGCAGUUCUGCAGUGCUGUGGUUCUGGAUGGAAAAAUCUAUGCCACUGGUGGGAUCGUUAGCAGCGAAGGACCUGCCCUGGGAAAUAUGGAGGCCUAUGACCCUAAAACAAACACAUGGACACUUCUACCAAACAUGCCCUGCCCUGUUUUUCGACAUGGCUGUGUAGUAAUCAAGAAGUACAUUCAGAGCGGCUGA